AUGACGCAUUCGCACAAGGGUAUCCAACAUACUAAUUACAAACUGAAACGAAGGAAAGCUAUUCGUAAAAAGGCUUUGCCCAAAUCAGGUGCACAGCCACAAUACAAACAUUCUCAGACUGUGAAGGAUCGUACUAGGAAGGAGCACACUUGGACAAAGCGUUCGUCAUGUUUUAUAUCAACAUCAAAAGUUUUAUCCAUCAUACACAACUUUCGUUUCGUCCACAAAUCGUCUUUGAGUUGUGCUAAAAAGCCUAGGGGAUGUUUCUGGAAAAAUUGCAGCAGGGCGAAGCAUGGUUCCGUAGUUGAAGACAGCGAAAGUCAAAAUGAAAUUCGGAUCAUGGAUGAGAAUCAGAUUGAAGACAAUUUCCCAAGUCGCAGUAUCAACAAAAACUAUUCUAAAAUAGAACCCACGGAUGAAUCAUGGGAAGUGAGUGCUACGCUCACUAGACGUAGUUCGUCCAUCAGAAGAUACACGGGACAACGGGUUCGGAGAACAUCAAGGAAACGCUCGAGACGGAGGUUGGCGAAAAUACGAGAAAAGACCCGGAAUAAUAUUGUUAGCGAUUCAUUGCAGUGCGAAGAAACAAUGAACGUUACACUUCGUUAUUGGAAAUCACCAGUACUACACAGCGAUGGAUCGUUGCGAUGUUGUACACAAAAGCGAAGCACGGUUCGAUCAAUCCAUAUGAACAAUAAUUAUAUAGUUGAUUUGUUGUUUAUAGAUUACAUAUUUUUCAUAAACAAUAAUGACACAAAUUACGAGGAGUUUGCACAGAUCUCCUUGGCAUGGUGGAGAAAUGCUCUCAAUCCGUUGGACAUUAUGGAGCUGCUAGUUAUCUAG